AUGCUGCGCUUGAAUUCAACUUCGGAGUAUCUGAGCGCUUGCGCCAAAUUUUCCGCCUUUCCUCCAAAAAUGGAAACGGCCGAAGACUUGGCCCUUGUCACUGGUCAGGGGUCUUUGAAGACAAUAAAUGACCUUCCUUUUUCAGAAUUGCAGAAGGAAAUGUGUGGUGGAAAGCGGUGUGGAGCGGUCUGUAUCGAUAAAAAAAAAGGAUCUGACUUUUUCGAGGUUUUUCGAAGCUUUGACAAAGAAAAUAGAGAAAGUUUAAACAAUUAGGAUACUAUCUAGAAGUAAUGUAGCACUAAAACCACAGUUUCUGCCCAUAUUAUUGAAUUUGAGGUAUCUUCCUCAGGAACUUUUUUCUUGGCACCUUUUAGGUUUCAGCAAAUCUUCUCAUGAAUUUCUUGAAACCACCAAAUUUUCAACUGCAUUCCAUGUGAUUUGUUUCAUCAAACAUUUUCCAGCGACAACAAGCUUUAGUUUACUUCGCGAACUUUGACGCGAUUAUCUAUGGAUCAUCAGGAAAAUGGAUUUCUUUCUUCGAGAAAUCUCCGACUAUGAACGACAUCAUCUACAUAAAAUUUGACCCAAAAAGCAGUAGUUAGUAAGUCUUUUUUUCAAAAAUUCUUCAAAAAUUUUAAAAAAAUCAACAGAAAAACAGAUAAAAAAAUUUAGCUGCAGUGUAUUCAACUUUUCCCGACUUGAAAGGCGAGGGAGGCGGGACGCGUAGCGUGUGCGUACGCGGUUAUUGGCACGAGUUCGAUUAAGCGCCACCGACUACUUGGAGAGCUCAUUUAUCGCUUUUUUCAUUUCUUUUUUAAUUCUCUAUUGAUUUUUUUCAUUGAUGCAUUAAAAAAUAGUAGAAUAGAAAAAAAAGAACAGUGACCGAACUUUUUUUUUGUUAAAUACUCAGUGGCGCUUCAAUUGAAUUAGUGCAAAGAAGUGGCGCUUCAAUUGAAUUCGUGCAAAGCACGUCCCGCCUAUUUCUCCGCCUCCCUCGCCUUGCAAGUCGGGAAAAAUUGACUACAGUUUACAAGCAUCUUAUCGAACCCUUUGCCCAAGCCGAGGUUAUUCAGAAUAUUAUAAACAGUGCGUUCAGUUUUCGCUUUCAAAACUUUGACGGUUUUUCUAGCGAGAGGCUUGGUACUUGUCUUUAUCUCCUCUUAAAAUCUAAAAGAAGAUGAAAAGCUAGAAAAUAUAAAAAUAAAAGGAGUUUGUGUAAUUAUAUCAUUUUUUUAGUAUUGUUUUCAACUUUCUUACUCUUCCGAACUCCAACAUUAGCCAGGCAAUCAUCGCUCUGCAUAUAAAAUUCGAAAAUUCGAGGAUAGUGAUAGAUGCAGAGAGCGCAGUAAGUUCAGCCUUUUGUAAUUUGAGUCUGUGAUACGACUUUUUUUUUCAGCGCGGCACCUGGGCAAGUAAUUAUCCCAAAUGCGAGAGCAAUCCGAGAAUUAUCAACACAGGAGAAAAACUGAUUACGUUGAAGUGAGACUUGAUGAUUUCUUUUUGAACAGAUUGGAAAAGGUUCAAACAAAUCUGUUCAAACAAUCUAGGUUCAAACAAACUGGACUGCAACUUCUGAUUGAUUCCGUGUCAGUGUGUCUUAAUAUCCCGUAUAAUACGAACAGUUUGGAAAUAAAUGGCUUCACAUUCACAACGACCCUCAAUGAAAAGGCCCAGGUCAAGGAAUUUAUCGCCAGCAACGCGUAAUUAUUUUGAUAUUGAAAAAUUGGAUUACUUUAGAGAUUUACUCGCCUAUAGCGAAAGUGAAAUUGUGCCCAUAGACAUCAUACUGCCCAACUCAAAACUUUCAGCGGUUCUGAAAAAACUGAAUUGUUCAAUUAAACCUAGGGGGCGCAAAGCCCCGCCCCUUCACGCCACCAAAAUGACGAUUUUUUUGUUGCAAAAACGGUUUUGAGGCGUUUAUACUAGCUAAAGUCUCACUUUGAAAAUCAACUGUUUCUGUUAAGCUAUGUAAUCGACAACGCUCUACAAGACUGAAUAUUUUUUUAAAACUACGUAUUUUUUUCAAAAAAAUAAGCGAAAAUGUAAGAUUUAACACGAAAAAAACUGACAAGUUUCAUAAAAAUCGUCGCGUUUCAGAAAAGCAAGUGAGGAACGCUUCUAAAUUUUGAGUAUGUUAUAUAAUAACACUUUCUUCAUUUUUUUAGAGUAAAAAAAUUUUUAAAAAAAUCUAACGACGCGAAAAAAAUCGAAGCUUGUAAAGUGACACCAAACUUUGAAGCUGAAACGUGAAAAAAAUUUCAGCGACUUGGUAUACUUUUUUUAUUUGAUUUAAAAAUCACAACGUGUUCAAAAAUAAAAAUUCAGAGUGAAAACACUUAUUGCGACAGCGAAUCAAAUUAUAUUUGAAUUUUACCAAAACCUCCUUUUUUCGUCUGCCUCGUUUACGCAUGAGAGAAUAGGAUCGCGUCUAUAUUUUUGAUUAUGUUAUUAAGCGUUCAAAAUUCUAUCAAUGAGAAAUUAAAAAAAAAAAUCUAACGACGCGAAAAAAAAUAACGGCUUUGAAAACCUCGAAAAAUGGCAAUUUUUUUUGAAACUUUGGAAGAAUUCGUGCAAGCGUCCGUAGGUGUGUUUGCGUCAAACACACCGAUGCGCCCUUUUAAAUGUUGCAGGAGUCAUUUUUCGUAUUCAAACUGCCCUUUAUCCUGUUUUAUUUAGAAAUGACAUUAUUUUUUUCAUUUUUUUCUUUUUUUUCCAAACCAAAUGAUAAUAAUUUUUUUCUGAUUAGAAAAAAAGAAAAAAAUAAGCUGAAAAAUUCCUUCUGACAUUUUUUUACUAAGUAGUUUUUUUGAUAUUUUAUCAAAAAAAUUCUUAUGAGGAUUGUACAAAAAGAUUCAUACCAAAACAUGAAGCUCAGUUCGGACAACCUCUCAGAACAAAAAACCAAUUUAAAAACGGUCCAGAAAUGCGCAAAGACAAUUAAAAAGAAAGCGUGCGGCAGCGGGUAAACCGUGGGAUUUUGCCUCCAGUUGUACGCCGCGCGCGCCAGUUUUUUGGCCAUAACUUUUUUCUUAGUGGGGUUUUUUUUAAAAACUAAACGAAUUAUGAAAAAUUUAAAGUCUCUUCUAUCGAAUAGUGUGAAAAACAUAUUCUUUGGAUCGUUUUGAAGAAAUGGCUUGCGGUCCCUAAUUAAACCAGUAUACAAUAAAUAAUCAACCGAAAAAAAUCGGCAAUGUACUUUGCAGAAAAAAAGUUCAUUUUACAAAAAUUUAGCAAAAAAAUUUUUUUAUUUUGCGCAAUAAUCUAGAAGAAAAUUGAACGCCUGAUAAAAAUUUUAAAGAAUUCGGCUUCAAAAGUCAAACAUUUUCAUUUUCUUAUUUUGUUUCCAUUUUUCUCAUUUCAUCUUCCAGAGAUCUCGUGCUCAAUAUUCCGCCAUUUUGUAACUGGGGCCUGAACGAAGUACAGUGAGCCCCCAAUAACCUUGUUAUUCUCUUUUUUUCCAGGAUUCUUUUUUUAUGUUCCUUACAUUGAUGAAUCAGUAGAAAGGGAACAGUUUAUUGUGUGCCAGAAAGGUAGAUUUUCAUUUUACACACAGAUUCCUAUAAAAAUUCGUAUUUCCGAUAUGAAAUUUUAGUUUUGCAAGUUGUUUUGGUCACCUUUAAUAAUUUUCUUUAAAAAUCAAACUUCGAGCAUCGAUUAUGUGAAGCAACUCAAAUAGCUUUCAAAAAAACUUUGAACUCUCAAAAACUUGCUUUAUACAUCGGAUAGUCAGUCACAUGUAAUGAUAAAUAUUCGCAGACAAAAUAGAAUCAAAAACGCCAGCAGAACUUUCCGCUUCUACUGUUCAAGCUGAGACACAAGCUGAGAUGGAAGAGCGUGAGAAGCUCCUUUUCGAUCCAAAACUCACUUCUACUUUUCUUCAGGUACCUACAGGAUGGCCAUGUUUAUUGCUGGUAGCACCACAGUUUUCGUGGCCGUUCUCGCCGCAGCUUUCGUUAUCAAAUGA